CGCGGAGUGCGGACGUGUGGUCUGUGAGCCGGUCUCCCGCCGACACGAUACAGGCGUGUUUUCACCGGGUAUUAAUGAAAAUUUGAUGAAAACUCCGUUUUGACAGCACCGUACGUCAUUACACGGGCAUAGACUGUGUCUCUAAUUAAACUUUGUGUGGAACAAGGAUCUGAGUGUAUAAUGAAACCGUUGCAAACACGGUGAGUGCAACGUUUUCAGUGCCAAUUUCAGGUACAAAGGUGAAAUGUUGUGACAUCAACCACUAUGCCUUAGUGUUGUGACAGUGUCGAUAGCCGAUAUCGAUAUGGCGCGGUUGUUACUAGUGAUGUUGCUGCCGGCGCUUGCCGCAGCGGCAGCCGGUGAUAAUGACGGGUGCAACCCGGAUAAAAUGACUGUAUAUAAAAUGGUGCUGCACACAUACUGGACAAGAGACAAAUUCCCGAAACAUUACCCGGAUUGGAGACCGCCUGCUCAGUGGUCGAAAGUUUAUGGUGUAUCACACGACAGAUCAUACACGUUAUUCCGGCUGGGGACUCGAGUGUCGGCCUCAGUUCGACAGUUCGCCGAGAUGGGUCGAUCCGACGCGCUGGGGUCAGCCCCGGGAACGCUCGACGUUUUCGGGGCACCCGCUGUUGGACAGGGCGCUGGGAGAACUGAAGCUGAGUUCUUUGUUGAUGGAAAUCAUUCUAGGGUGUCGGUUAUGGCUCGCAUGAUACCGUCUCCUGAUUGGUUCAUUGGAGUAGACAGCUUUGACCUCUGCGUGGAUGGGAACUGGCUGGACAGCAUCACUAUAGAGGUGGACCCACUAGACGCAGGGACUGACAACGGCUUUACAUUCACUGCCCCGAACUGGCCCACCGCACCGCAAGGAGUCGCUUACCGCAUCACGUCUAAAUAUCCAUCACAUCCAGCAGGUUCUUUCUUCUAUCCACAUCUAAGAAGAUUACCGCCUAUUGCUACGGUCCAGUUUAUAAAGCUACGCGAAUAUGAACUCUCAGAAGUAUUCCACCGCAACACAGACGAUCGAAGAUACGAUGUACUACAACUUGACAAGAUGAAUCAUAACAACAUAGAUGUAUUGGACGGGAACAGAGCACUCUCCAUUGCAGAGGAAGUUGAGAGAGCUGAACAAGCGCCCAGGAUAUAUUCUGAAGGAUCCAUGACUACACCUGAUGGGGCUUAUUCGUAUUAUUCUAUAACGAACACGACAUCGAGUACGACCGAAGAGCCUCGUUCGGCUAACGAGCUCCCGACUUCGGGUCCUGCCGCCAGCGAGAGGUCAGCCCUUCGGAGCCUGGCCCGUAGAUACCGAGCGAGGCGACGACGCAAGCUCCGCGCUGAUAGCACCGACCCGGCUGAAAGAAGGAAGCGGAAAAGAGCUAGACUGUUAGACUGCCGGGUAUCAGAAUGGGGCGAUUGGAGUCCAUGUCGCAGUGACGGUGGUUGUGUCGGCUCAGCUGUGCGUACGCGCCGAAUAAUCAGACGACAAAGGCCAGGGGGUGCACCAUGCCCGCCAACCGCUCUAACAAGGUGGUGUGCCACCAACUGCUCGACAACACAGCCACACGAAGACUGGCGGACUAAUCUCACGUAAUUCUAAAUUCGAAUUCGUUUUUCGAAUUUCCUUUUUUUUAUUUAUUAUUGUAUUUGGUUUUGUUGAUGAUGCAAAUUACUUUAUGCUAGGCAAAAGAAUUGAUGUUUGAUCUUGAUUACAAUGUUGUAUCAAAUGUUGGAUCAAAACUUGGCUCCAAAGCACAAAUUUUAAUAUCAUUAACAAAACCAAGUUCUUCGUUAGUGGCCACAUUCUAAUACAUUAAUUAAAACUUUCCUUUAAUCUAUUUAUGAUGACUGUUUAUUAUUUUAGCAUCUGUGUCUGUCCGUCCAAAUAUAAUUUUGUUUUGAUUCCAUUCAUUCAUUUCGCAU